AAUAAUUAUUAAAAUAGUGUGGUUAAGUUUACAAUAAUAAUAAUUAGUUUAGACUUAGAGAGGUAAAUAAAAUGUCAGUAGAGACAGCGGUAACCAGUGAUCAAGUAAUAUUUGCAACUGGUGGAUACGAUCAUACAAUUAAAAUAUGGCAAGCACACACUGGCAUCUGUCAACGAACCUGUCAACAUGCUGAUAGUCAAGUGAAUGCCUUAGAAAUUACACCUGACAAGCAACUGUUAGCGGCAGCAGGUUAUCAACACAUUCGAAUGUAUGAUUUGUUAUCGAACAAUCCAACACCGAUCAUCAACUACGAGGGCAUCGUUAAGAACGUGACAAGUGUUGGCUUCCAAGAGGAUGGCAAAUGGAUGUACACGGGUGGCGAAGAUUGUAGUGCACGUAUAUGGGACUUGAGAAGUAGAAACUUACAAUGUCAACGGAUAUUUGAAGUGAACGCUCCUGUUAAUUGUGUCUACUUACAUCCAAAUCAAUCAGAAUUAGUGGUAGGGGAUCAGUCUGGUAUCAUACACUUGUGGGACUUGAAAACGGAUCAUAACGAACAAUUGAUACCAGAACCAGAAGCAUCGAUACAAUCGAUCUGUAUUGAUCCAGAUGGACAGUUUAUGGCUGCUGUGAAUAAUAAAGGUCAUUGUUAUAUUUGGAGUUUAACAUCUGGUGAUGGUGAUGAUGAACCAACUAAAUUGAAUCCUAAACAUAAGAUUGAAGCACAUAAACGUUAUGCGUUACGUUGUAAAUUUAGUCCAGAUUCAUCUUUAUUAGUAACAACAUCAGCUGAUCAAUCAGCACGUGUAUGGAAGACAUCAGACUUUUCAUUAGUACAAGAAUUAAAACAUGAUAUACAACGUUGGGUUUGGGAUGCUGCUUUUAGUGCCGAUUCACAAUAUGUAUUUACAGCAUCAUCAGAUAAUUUAGCUAGAUUAUGGAAUGUUGAAACUGGACAAAUGGAACGUGAAUAUUUAGGACAUCAGAAAGCUGUUACUGCAUUAGCAUUUAGAGAUGAAAUUAUUUAA